AUGGAAAAACCACAAGAGAAUCUCCCCGAAAAAGCCCUAGAUCCAAUUCCAAAACCUACAGCGACAGAACCAAACCCCACUCAAAACCCGAACCCUGCGACGAUCAUAAUCGGAGGGGAAGACGGGCGGCGAGAAGAAAGAUUUGAAAUUGAGCCGGGAACGCUACGGUCGGGGUGGCGUUCAGCUGUGGAGGAGGAGAAGCGAAGAACACGAGCGGAAAGGUUUGGCACUGCGACUGGUUUUCCCUUGCAAGGCAAAAAUGGAGGAAAUCUUGAGGAGCAGAAAAGAAAGGCCAGAGCAGAGAGGUUUGGGCUUGUGGUGCACUCUUCAGCCGAUGAGGAGGCAAAGAAAAAGGCUCGUUUAGAAAGAUUUGGGCAAACACAAAAGCCGAAUACUUUAGAGGAAGAUAAAAAGAAGGCACGGGCGGAAAGGUUUUCACAAACAUCAUCAACUAACGGGAAAAAGACGACCUCUGAGGUGAAGACAUCAACUGAGGCGCCUCAAGAUGAGCCUAAGAGUCAAUGACUACUGCAGGCAAUGCCAUCAUCAUCAGUGUAACUUUUCACAGGAUUCUCGCCGCCCUUUCCAGCCGUGGAAUCUGUAAGCUGACUCUUUAGAGACGUAAACAUAGCAUUGUUAAUGUUGGCAAUGGACAUGUUUUUUUGUGGCCAUUGCUCGUGCACUUGCUGUAGUUGUAGGAUUAUGUGCCAGCUGGCUGUUUGUUAUUAGCAGGUAGGUACUAGUUUAUUCGUCAACAUGUCUACUUCCUUUUCUGUGAAAUCGACUCUGAUUCUAAUGACUGUCAAUUUUAAGAAGUCUGAUUCAACUUGUUACUUAUACA